AUGAACCUGUUUCGUUUACGCGGGUCAAGCUCUGUAGUAUCUGCAAUGGCCGAAGAGCUAGGAUCCUCUGCUUCCGCUUCCACAGCAACAUCAUCAUCAUCAUCAUCAUGGGCUAAAACAAGAUCUCUAUGGCCCUCUAUUCUCCGUUGGAUCCCUACUUCCACCAACCACAUUAUCGCAGCCGAAAAACGGCUUCUCUCUCUUGUCAAGACUCCGUAUGUGGUAGAGCAAGUGAAUAUUGGUUCGGGUCCACCGGGGUCGAAAAUUCGGUGGUUUCGAUCUACGAGUGAUGAGCCUAGGUUUAUUAAUACGGUGACGUUUGAAAGUAAAGAGGAUUCUCCAACGCUUGUAAUGGUUCAUGGAUAUGGUGCUUCUCAAGGUUUCUUCUUCAGGAAUUUUGAUGCUCUUGCUAGUCGUUUUAAAAUCAUUGCUAUUGAUCAGCUUGGUUGGGGUGGAUCAAGUAGACCUGACUUUACGUGCAAAAGCACUGAAGAAACUGAGGCGUGGUUCAUUGACUCCUUUGAGGAAUGGAGAAAAGCAAAGAACCUCAGUAACUUUAUAUUACUUGGGCAUUCAUUUGGAGGGUAUGUUGCGGCUAAAUAUGCACUCAAGCAUCCCGAGCAUGUUCAGCAUUUGAUUUUAGUGGGACCUGCUGGAUUUUCAUCAGAAUCGGAUUCCAAAUCUGAGUGGCUCACCAAAUUCAGGGCAACUUGGAAAGGAGCUGUUUUGAAUCAUUUGUGGGAGUCUAAUUUUACUCCUCAGAAGGUUAUUAGAGGGAUAGGUCCUUUUGGCCCUGAUCUCGUGCGUCGCUACACAACUGCUAGAUUUGGUUCAUAUUCAACAGGAGAAGUAUUGGCUGAGGGCGAGUCCAAAUUGCUAACAGAUUAUGUGUAUCAUACUUUAGCUGCCAAAGCUAGUGGAGAGCUGUGCUUGAAAUAUAUAUUUUCGUUUGGAGCAUUUGCACGGAUGCCCCUUCUACAGAGUGCGUCAGAAUGGAAAGUGCCAACCACUUUCAUAUAUGGCUUUCAAGAUUGGAUGAACUAUCAAGGUGCCCAAGAAGCUCGCCAGCAUAUGAAGGUUCCGUGUGAAAUCAUUCGGGUUCCACAGGGCGGACACUUUGUAUUCAUAGACAACCCAACUGGGUUCCAUUCAGCUAUGUUCUAUGCUUGCCGGAGGUAUAUUUCACCUAAUCCUGAAAAUGAACAUCUCCCAGAAGAUCUCGCGCUUGCGUAG